AUGGAGGAGUUCAAUAAUUCCAGAGCGUCUGAAUUCGUGCUACUCGGACUCACUGAUUCUCCUGAGCUGCAGAUUUUCUUCUUUGUGACGUUUUCCAUUUUCUAUGUGAUGACCAUGUUAGGUAAUUGUCUGAUUUUGCUUACGGUGCUAUUCACCCCACAGCUUCAUUCUCCCAUGUACUUCCUGCUCAGCAACCUGUCUCUCAUUGAUAUGUGCCUGUCCUCCUUUGCCACACCAAAGAUGAUCAUGGAUUUCUUUGCCAAGCGCAAAACCAUCUCCUUUGAAGGCUGUAUUUCUCAGAUCUUCUUUUUGCACCUUUUCACUGGGACAGAGAUUGUGCUGCUGAUUUCCAUGUCUUUUGACAGGUAUAUUGCUAUAUGCAAACCUCUCCAUUAUUCCAUAAUUAUGAGCCAAAGAGUGUGUACUGGCCUCGUGGUAACUUCUUGGACAGUGGGAUUCCUGCAUACAAUGAGUCAGUUAGCUUUUACUCUUUAUUUACCAUUCUGUGGUCCCAAUGUUAUAGACAGUUUCUUUUGUGACCUUCCUUUGGUCAUCCAGCUGGCUUGUAUAGAUAUAUAUGUUCUUGGAAUCUUCAUGAUCUCAACUAGUGGUGUGAUUGCUCUUAUCAGUUUUCUUCUUUUGCUUACCUCUUACAUCAUUGUUCUUGUCACUAUCAAGGGCCACUCCUCCAAAGGCUCCUCCAAGGCUCUUUCUACCUGCACUGCACAUUUCAUAGUUGUGUUAAUGUUUUUUGGGCCCUGCAUCUUCAUCUAUGUGUGGCCUUUCACAAACUUCUUGAUGGACAAAAUCCUUUCUGUUUUCUAUACUAUAUUUACCCCCUUGCUAAAUCCACUUAUCUAUACUUUGAGAAACCAAGAAGUGAAAACAGCCGUGAAAAAGAGACUAAGUAACCGGUAUUUAAGCCUUGGGAAAACUACUCCAAAAUACUCAAUGCAAUGA